GACAUGCCGACGAUGACAUCCCUGAGGGGCGCGACGACCCGUGCGAAUACGCUUAUUGAGGUGAACCGAGCAAACGUUUACAAAAUGAUGGACCCGCACGAGCUUGUGUCGCAGCUACUGGAGAAGUUUGUGCUGCGCAAGAUGCAGUUGACAGCGCUGGGGGCAGCGGCUGUCGGUGAGAUGCCACGUGGAGAACGACCCUGCUGUGUGGUUGCCAUGCUGCAGGAACUGGUGGAGCUCGGGGGAGAAUGCGGCCUGCCUUACCCACGGACAAGGGGGAAGUCGCCGUACGAUGCGCCGCACUCGUUUGGUGCAAUGAAGGACAUGCAGGUGACUUACUGCUGGUUACUGCCCAACUUCUCCAAGUACCUGCUGGCGUCGAUCCACAAGAGACAGGCCACGCCAAAUAUGAGCAGAAUGGCGGUCCGUGUUAACUACUUGGGCAGCUGAUGCUCGAGGCGCGCUGCGGUUGCAUUCACAAGGUGUAGCCACUGCCUUCGUAGCGGAUGGUAGUCAAGUUCACUACCUUUGCUUAAGUACGUGACGUCGCUGGUGAAGCCCAGUUACAUCCGGAUGCUUGCGGAUGAGGUGGGUUGCUCUCUGCAGACAAUCCUGCUCUACGAGAUCGAGGGCGACCUGGCUGAGGGGCACCUGGCGGCGGCGGAAGUGCCGCGCUUGUGGAACAAUAAGAUGAAGGAAUACAUGGCCGUUGUGACGCCUCGACGCGACAACGUCGUGUCGAAGUGCAUUUGCACGGGCUACAUCAACCCCAUCCUGGCUAAGGCGGAGGCGAUCUGA